GUAAUUCUUAGAAAAUUUCGGUUAUUUAUAGGUGUGUACGUACCCAUCGCCCAUACAAAUUUGUCCAGAAAAUUACAAAUAUAUGAGAACUAAAAUUAGUCUUACUUUCUUUCCCUUAGGAGCAAGUUCAGGAAUCGGAAGAGCGACAGCUAUUUUGUUUGCAAAGCUGGGAGCGUGUGUUGCUUUGGUUGCUCGGGAUAAGUCACGAUUGGAAGAAACUCGACAAGCAUGCAUCCAAAUAUCUCACCCUGACGUUUAUGAAAAGCACAAAGAGCCUUUUUUGUGCAUUGAGGCUGAUUUGGCUGAACCAUGUGAAGUUGAGAAAGCAUAUCGAUUGGCAAUAAAUCACUUUCACCAACUUGAUAUAUUGGUAAAUAACGCAGGAUAUAUGAUAAGAGAUACUGUCGAAAGCUUUAAUGCUACUGAAUAUGAACACAUAAUGAAAGUGAAUGUAACUGCUGCGAUUACCUUAACUAAUUUGGCUAUCCCAGAUCUUGCUGCUUCCAAAGGUUCCAUCGUCAAUGUAUCUAGUGUCUGUGGAAAACGUUCAUUUCCUGGAGUAAUGUCUUAUUGCAUUAGCAAAGCAGCGUUGGACCAAUUCACUAAAUGUACUGCAUUAGAUUUAGCUCCAAAAGGAAUCCGAGUAAAUAGUGUCAACCCAGCAGUUAUUGUCACUGAACUGCAUCGUCGAUCUGGAAUGUCUGAAAAUGACUAUGAGAAGUUUCUUUCAAGAGCCAACGAAACACAUGCUCUCGGACGAACCGGAACUGUGGAAGAAGUGGCUCAAGCAAUAGCUUUCCUUUCGAGUUCUGCUUCUUCCUUCACUACUGGUAAUUUGCUAAUGGUUGAUGGUGGUCGAUCUAUCAUGUGUCCACGCUAA